AUGUUUGUUCCUGAGAUAUGUGGAAGUCAGGUGAUGCUUAAUGCCAGAGUGGCUGAGACGUUGGCUGCAAACGGGCAUAGUGUUACAAUGAUUCGUAUGAACACUUUGGCAAAGACAGUAACCAAUGUGAAAAUUUCGCCGAAAGUUGAACGUGAAUUCAUUAUCAACUUCCUUGUUGAUUUCCUCAGUUCACUCAAACGCAACUCUUUGACCACAAUACUCAUUGAUCUGUGCUCAGCACACAUUCCACUCAUAGCAUAUUGCUACUGUCGCCUCGGAUCUAUUUCACAAGCUGUUGAUGGCUGUGAUUCUUUUGAGGAGCAGAAACGUUGCUUGUAUGCCAACAAAAAGCAUUUGAUUUGUUUGAAUUACGCGUCAAAAUUUGUUCGGAAUGAUUGCAUCGUGUCUCAUUUGAGCUCAAUUGAGUCGAAGCACUAAGUGAAAGCGUAUCCUGAUGAUAACAAAUAUGCUGAAUUGGAGAAAAUGCACUCGAAAGAAGCUUUUGAAGAUAGUUCGUUCCUUACGGGGAGGUCUGUAUCUUCAAAUCAACAAUUCUUCACAACAUUCGUCACCGCUUGUGACGUCAUUUCGCAAGACAAAGCAUUCAUCACAAGACUUAAAAAAGCCGAAUUUGACGUUGCAUUCACACAUUACUACGAUCUAUGUCCUAUUGGUCUGAUCUACCACGCAAAGAUACCGUCGUGGAUAUGGCUGAAUGGCGCACAAAUGUUGGAUAUUAUUGCGAAUUUGAUCGGUGUCCCCAGUCCUCCAAGUUAUGUCCCAGGGCUGUUCGGCGACGUCAGUGAUAAAAUGACAUUCAGCGAGCGAGUGGCCAAUUUUAUCGGUAAAACAACCACAGUGGCGAUGUCGAAGAGGUAUUCAAUCGAUCCAGAAACAGAGAUUUUGCGAAGGAAUUUGGAUGCGAACAUGCCACAUUUGAGUGAACUUGCAACUGAAUGCGCGCUGGUGAUGAUCACAUCGGAUGAGCUCUACUCACUUGCACGUCCGACGUUGCAUAAAAUUGUUUCAAUUGGUGGAUUAGGAAUGAAAUCCAGAAGUGUUAAACCACUGAACAAAGAAUUCAAGCAGAUUGUUGACCGUGCCAAACGGAUUGUCGUUGUGAGUUUUGGUUCUGUUAUCUCUGCGGACUUGAUGCCUGAAUCGUGGAAAAAUGCGUUGAUCGAAGUGUUCAAGCAUUUUCCUGAGAUUGACUUCAUCAUGAGAUACUCUGCAGAGGAUUUGAACGACAAAAUACCGAAGAAUGCUCAUUUGAGCAAGUGGAUUCCUCAAGUUGAUCUCUUACAGAAUAACAAAACGCUGCUCUUUAUAAGUCAUGGUGGCUACAACAGUGUCCAAGAGGCGAUUCACUCAGCAGUACCAAUCGUAACAAUUCCACUGUUUGGCGACCAGUUCGUGAAUGCACGCUCCGUGGAACGUUUACGUUUAGGAGUGAGAUUGAGCAAGUCAGAUGUUCGUUCAGAGACACUUGUCAAAGCAAUCGACCAAAUACUGAGCAAUGAUGAAUACACAAACAAUGUCAAGCGUACACAAGCGAUGAUUCUUGCUAAACCGACGAAGCCCGAAGAACAGCUCGUGAAAUGGACCGAAUUUGUGGCUGAAUUUAAGACAUUGCCCAAUUUGAUACCGUUUGGUACUCGACUCAGCUUCAUUCAGUAUCACUGUUUGGAUGUUAUCGCCUUAUUGUCUGGGGUCGUUUUCGCAUUUCUCUUCAUUGUCCUCUGCACCAUGCGAGUCCUAUAUCGCAAACUAUGCACGUCGAGUGCAAAAACUGUAAAAUCACACAAAAAGCACAAUUAA